AUGGUCGCCAAGCCAGCUGCCAAGAAGACUAGCAAGGCCGGUCGCAAGAAGAAGCAAACGCUCAAGUUCAACAUCGAGUGCAAGAACCCUGUCGAAGAUGGGAUUUUGAAAGUCGACGAUUUUGAGAACUUCCUCAAGGAGAAGAUCAAAGUCGAUGGCAAGACUGGACAACUUGAGAGCCACGGAGUGAAGAUCGACACUGUCAAGUCUCGUAUUGUUGUCAACUCGGAAGGACCAUUCUCGAAGAGAUACUUGAAGUACCUCGCCAAGAAAUACUUGAAGAAGAACUCCCUACGUGACUGGCUCCGAAUCGUCGCUUCAUCCAAAGACACCUACGAGCUUCGAUACUUCCACAUCAACCAAGACGAGGAAGAAGGUUCGGACAACGAGGCA